GAGGAGGAGGAGGAGGAGGAGGGACGGCUGUCGUCACCGGGAGCUGCAUCAGCAUCACUGGAAUGAGUAACAGUGCGCAACUUGGAGAAAACAAGUCCGCUAUCCACUGGAGCUCUCUCUCUCUCUCCGUCUCUCUCUCUCUCACUCUAACUGCCCCCCCCUCUCUCCCCCCUCUUUCUGCGUGUCUACGUCUCCCUCACCCUGUGCAUCACCAGUCUGCGGUCAGUGACCGUCACUUCCACGCAUCCAUGAGGAGAUAAAACCAACAGUCCGUGGAGCAGCGGUCAGAGAGACAGUCAUGGAUUAUAAAGGAGGACAGCGCCACCACCUCUCCAUCCUCAUAUUACUAGCCAGCGCCACUUGUCAUACUCUUCUGGACAGAUUUCAGGAGGAAAUCUCAGACAAGGAGAGUCCUUCUCACCUGGAUUCUGAGGACGACAACCAACUCACGUCAUGUGAUUUUGAAUCACAGUGCCUCUGGACUUUAUCGAAUCACAGCGACCAAAGUGACUGGUUGCUGGUGUCGCCACGGCAACCGCAAAGGGCACGGGCCGGGGAAAUGCCAGUGACUGACCACUCAGAGGGAGACACCGGGGGGCACUUCCUGCUCUUAACCCCAUCCUCCGCCGCUGAGGUUUCUGGGAGCUGUCAGUACCACAUCACCAGCCCAGUUUUACCAGGAAGCAACAAGCACUGCAGCCUUCACGUGGCUCUGUUUGAGUCUCAGCCGGCGUUGGGAAACCUGACGCUCCUGAUCAAACCCAUCCUCACAUAUUCUGAUGUCCAACCUGUGGCCCUCAGGAGCCACAGGAGCCCAGAAGCCCACAGGUCAGAUAACACACAAACAAGUAUCAAACGUGGUACUACUCUGGUAGAAAUACUCCCUUCUUGUUGCAGGGCAGAGUGGGAGGUUCUGGAGAUUUCCAUUGGUGAGGUGGACGAGCCGUUUCAGGUGACCCUCGUUUACACUUCCUGUUUGUGGAAAAAGGGACUGACUGUGGCUCUGGACUCACUGGAGUUCGUCGACUGUGAAUCAGACCACCAGGAUGGAGUCUGUGGAGAAUAUUUCCACUGCGUCCACGCCGAUGUCUGUAUCGACCCCAGCGACGUCUGCAACUUCCACACUGACUGUCCCUACGGAGAGGACGAAGGCUUCCUCUGUGGUGCUCUUCCAUCAGGGUCACACUGUUCGUUUGAACGAGACGCGUGCGGUUGGUCGGUUUCUAACCAGCAGUCAGGCUGGAGGAGAGUGGCCGGAGAUGAGCUUCUGGAGAGAAAGGACAUGCAGGGAGCUGCCCUGCAGAGCACACCAGGAUACUUCUUAUUUCUCGGGAUACGAGAGAGCAACCCUGUCCGGGGGGCAACCAUUCAGAGCCAGACUUUCCCUCCUCCGGUGUCUCUUGCCCCCUGCCAGUUACACUUCUCCCUGUAUGUGCACGGAGACUUUAACGGCUCAGUGUUGCUGAGCAUAGAGGAGAACGGGACCAGCAGCGCACCGCUGGUCUGGGAGAGAAAAGGUCAGCAGGGCGACAACUGGGACGGCGUUGUCCUGCAGUUGGAUGGCCUCCUCCAUGAGUUUCACAUGAAGGUGACAGCUGUGUGGAGUCAAGGUUCCAAUGCUGAUGUUGCUCUUGAUGACAUUGCAAUUGGAGCCUCCUGCUUCAGCAAAGACAUCAACUCCCUGCUGCCUAUAAUGGGCCUGGAGGACAUCUUCAGUCCUCUUCCAGAACCUUCAGCGUCAGAGGUUUCCCUGAUGACCUGGUGGUUCAACUCUUGCGGUGCCAGUGGUCCUCAUGGUCCGACCCAGGCCCAGUGUGACAGUACCUACAGAAACAAAAACGUCAGCGUCACUGUGGGGAAGGAUGGACAUUUGAAAGGAGUCCAGAUGUGGAAAGUACCUGCUACCAACAAAUAUCUGAUCUCGGCCUAUGGGGCUGCGGGCGGGAAAGGAGCUAAAAAUCACAACAAACGCAACCACGGAGUCUUCAUUUCCGCAAUAUUCCCUCUGGAGAAAGGGGAAACACUCUACAUUUUGGUGGGUCACCAGGGAGAGGACGCAUGCCCUGGGAGGAACCCACAGACUCAGAAGAUCUGCCUCGGAGAGUGGUCGGUGAUUGAGGACGAGCUCAGGGGGGAGGCUGGAGCAGAGUGGGCCGGGGGAGGAGGUGGAGGAGGAGGAGCAACAUACAUCUUCAAGAUGGAGAAUGGAGAGAUGGUUCCUCUGCUGAUCGCAGCUGGAGGAGGAGGAAACGCUUACCUGGAGGAUCCAGAGUCCAGCCUGAACCAGAUACCCCUGGAGCAGUAUGAGAACAGCACAGUACGGCCCAGCACCAGCGGUCGGACCGGGGCUGCAGGUGGAGGCGGAGGCUGGAAAGACACUCAGAGUCCACACCUCAGAGCAGGGAAGUCUCUGGUGGAGGGGGCGGAGGGGGGGUCGUCAUGUCCGUUGGCUCUGUCCAAACUUGAUUGGACAACCUUUGGUGGUUUUGGCGGCGGAGGCGGGGCCUGCACUGCUGGAGGUGGAGGAGGAGGCUUCAGAGGAGGUGACGCCGCGCUGACGGAUGAGGUCACCGCCGAUGGUCAGAACGGAGUCUCGUUUGUUCAUCCAAUGGGAGAGAUUUUCCUGCAGCCACUGGCAGCCAUGGAGAGCCACGGGGAAUGUGAGAUCAAGGUGCAGCUGAACUGCAGCCACUGUCAGACGCAGAGCUGCAGACGAGACGAGGAGACGCACCUCCUCCUGUGUCUGUGUGACGAAGGCCAGCUCCUGGCCAGUGACAACAUCACCUGCGUUGAUUCUGUUGCGACUCCUAAGGGUCCGGCUCCGCAGGGUCAGAUGUCUACGUUGUUGGUCGUGGCCGUGGUCGUCUCCACCAUCGCCAGCGGCGUCGCUCUGGUCUGUGCCAGCGUCAUCCUCAUGUGGUACCGCAGAAAGAAUGACUUGCACGCAGUGAGGGGUCGUCUGCAGAGCCCAGAAUAUAAGCUGAGCAAGAUCCGCUCGUCCACCAUCAUGACGGACUACAACCCCAACUACUGCUUUGCGGGGAAGGCCGCAUCGCUCAGUGAACUGAAGGAAGUGCCGCGCAAAAACAUCACACUUCUCAGAGCUCUUGGCCACGGUGCAUUUGGUGAAGUCUACGAAGGACAAGUUCUGGGGAUGACCGCUGAUAAUGGUCCCAUGCAGGUGGCCAUUAAAACUCUUCCAGAAAUUUGUUCAGAGCAAGACGAAAUGGAUUUCCUGAUGGAAGCUCUGAUAAUGAGCAAGUUCAGCCAUGAGAACAUCGUGCGCUGCGUUGGCGUCAGUCUGAACAUCUUACCACGUUUCAUCCUCCUGGAGCUGAUGACCGGGGGAGACAUGAAGAGCUUCCUGAGACACAACAGGCCACGAGCGGCUCAGAGUUCUUCACUGACCAUGGGGGAGCUGCUGCAGAUGGCCAGAGACAUCGCCUGCGGCUGCCGCUACUUGGAGGAGAACCACUUCAUACACAGAGACAUCGCUGCCAGAAACUGCCUGCUCACCUGCCCUGGACCAGACAGAGUGGCUAAAAUUGGAGAUUUUGGAAUGGCAAGAGAUAUUUACAGAGCCAGUUAUUACAGGAAAGGAGGAGGUGCCAUGCUGCCAGUCAAAUGGAUGCCACCAGAGGCCUUCAUGGAGGGAAUCUUUACCUGCAAGACUGACACCUGGUCGUUUGGAGUACUGCUGUGGGAAAUCCUUUCUCUGGGCUACAUGCCAUACCCAUGUAAAACCAACCAGGAGGUCCUGGAGUUUGUCACCAGUGGUGGGAGGAUGGAUCCUCCUAAGGGCUGCCCUGGACCAGUAUAUCGGAUCAUGACCCAGUGUUGGCAGCACUGUCCUGAGCACCGGCCCAACUUCUCCACUAUUCUGGAGAGAAUUAACUACUGUACUCAGGACCCUGAUGUCAUCAACACACCUCUGCCAGUGGAGUACGGUCCUAACACAGAAGAGGAUGGCGGCACACUGAUCCGUUCCUCCGAUCACACCUCCACCAGCCUGACUCCGCUCAUGUCCUCUCACCCUGUGUCUCAGGAUUCCCCCACCUCCCUGGACCUGUGUCCUCCUCUGCACCUCCCACACCAACCCACCAAACCUCAGCUACUCCUUCAGAGAAUCCCACCUGUCCACCAUGAGGUGACGUCGUGCCACGAGGUGCUGCAGCAGCCUUGGGCAAACGCCGUUUCAGCUGCUGGUGUGUCAGCAACAGCAGGAGGCCACUGGCACCACGCUGAGCCACCGCACCACAGACCCUGCUCCAGAAACAGCUCCUCCGCAGGGAGCCAGAGGCUGAAGAACAACACGAAGAACCUGUGGAACCCGACCUACGGCUCCUGGGUUUUGGAAAACUUCAGAGGGAAGAAAACACUGGCUCACACUCAGUCCAUGCCUCUCACCAACAGCACCAACAGCACCCACCCUGGGUCCUCAAACCUCUGCAGUUCCUCUGCUUCAUCUCCCUCCUGCCAGCUUCAGGCUGCCCAGAACAAGAACCCACCAGGUGGAGCCAGCAAAGGAGCCAUAGACCUGGCCAAGCUUCAGAGUUUCCCCUGUGGAAAAGUCAACUACGCCUACGACGACCAGAGCUACGUUGCGGAGAGUCUGCCCGUGGUGAACCCCAAACCCUCAGAGGCGAUCACAAACACCCGCUCAGUGCCGAGUGUCUCCUCCGGGACGAGUCUGGGAUUAGGCUUCCUCACGUCCUCAUCCUGCGUGCCCAAACUGCUGCUGAAGCGCCACGCCAGCUACGGCCACGAGGACGUGAAGAGACACACCAAAGCUGAGAAACCCACACGUGACCGAGACUCAGGCUUUUCUCUGUCUGAAGACCUCAGUGUGACUCCCAUCUGAAACACUGGAUAGAUUUGACUUCUUCUACUAUAACGUCUACUGGAGACUUUUUUUUUUCUUGCCAAUAUAAUAUUUUAUCUCUGAAUUUCUAGCAUGGACAUAAGGGCUUCACUGCAGUUUGAGCUCCGUUAUAAAUGAUUCAUUAUAAAAGAAAACGCUGUUUAGGAUCCUGUGUCUCCACAGUGAAAAGAACAAAAACAGUAUUUUUGCUCGAUUGUGAUCAGAAAUGUCUGAAACAUAAGACACGAUCUCAUGGUUUACAUAUGGAGUGAAGUGGUCUGAUCCCGAUCUGAGCCACAAACUGACCACAGCAUUGUUACUUCUCAGCCAAAAGUGGGCUUCAAAUAUAACAAGCCCUAAUUGUGAGCCACAUAUUAAAUAUAUAUACACGCAGAUUUUGAGAAACAAUUUAGGCAGCCAUCUUUGUCUGGGUCAGAUGACGUCAACAGUACUGAAGCUUUGCCAGAUAUGGCCCACAUCGAUGGACCGGCUGAGUUAUAUUAUGUUAGAAAUGUGAAUUUGAAUUUUAUAAAUCCCAAGUAAUGCGAAAACCCAUUCACCAAAUCUACCACAGUAAUAUUUUUAUUGGUUACACCAAUGUAACCAAAACAGGUCACCUGACCCACCAAACACAGUCCAUUACUGACCUGACUGUGGCCCACAUCUAAUGUGCAGGUACUGAAAAAACCUUCUGUAAAUUUCAAUUAGCUCCUAUCAUGAAUAACAGAUGUGGCCCACACCCAAAGACCCACAGUUCAUUGUAGCAGACCAAUUUUGCGACGUGAGGUGUUGUCAGUGUUUGUCUACUUGUGUGGUGUUUACAGACUACUUUAUUUUUAAAGUUUUUAGUUUACUAGUUUGCCUUGUUGUUGCCUUAAAUUGGAUUAGGCUGUAAUCCUGCUUGUUUCUGUUCCGUGACCUUAAAGGCACCAUAUGUAGCUGAUGUCUUUGACAUAAUGCAGGACU